AGCACCAAAGGUGAGAUUUAAGGCGUGGCUUGGAAGCUAAAAACGCCCUUUGGCCUAUUACAACCCCAGGCUUCGCACCGCCGUCCAAUCCUUCACAGCCGCUUCACACGCGCAUUGCCAGAUCUAGACCGCAAUGAGAAGCCUGCAGAGUCAGCGAGGACAUGGGUCCUGGAAACAUCUAAAAAGAAGCUUCCGCCAAGAUGCAUGAUUUGUGCUCGUGCCGUUGACCUUCAAGUUAUCACUCGGCACACUCCCGAGUCCAGCGGGUAGGGAACUGUAACACGCCGUGAUGGCUCAGUUCAAGCGUGUGAAGACCAUCUUCGAGGCAAGGACGAAGAGGCGGAUACACAGAAUCGUGCCAUGGAUCCAGAACCCCCUCCAAGGCGUGGACAAGCAACAUAUUGUCUUUGCCCCGAGACACGAAGCCAGCACACUCGAGCUGUUCUUUGACUUGUUCUUCGUGGCGAACCUAGCAACGUUCACAGCCUACCACUCCAUCACCGACCACUCCUCGCUGUUCGCCUACAUCGGCUUCUUCGCCAUCAUCUGGGCGACCUGGUUCCACACGGUGCUGUACGACGUGCGCUUCGAAAACGACAGCAUCUACAGCCGGGCGUGCAAGACAGUCAUGAUGAUCGUCUUCGUCGGCUUCGCCCUGGUCGGCUCGGCCUUCGCACCCGGCACCGAAAGGGGCGACAACACCAGCUUCCGCAUCCUGUGCUACACGCUGGUGCUCAGCCGCGCGCUGUUCGCGCUGCAGUACCUCGUGGUGGGCGUGUUUGUCGGCCGCGCGCGCCGCACAGACCUCUACCUGCCGCUGUUCCUCAACGUGCUGACCUACGUGGUGGCCGCCGCCGUCUUCGCGGGCCUGAUCCCGCUGUUCCCGGACGACAGGGCGGCCACGGCCGAGAACGGCAUCUACAGCGUGUGGUGGAUCGUCAUGGCGGCCGAGACGCUCGCCACGGUCAGCAUCUCGUGCAUCUGGCGCAUGCUGAGCUUCAAGAAGACGCACCUGGUCGAGCGCAUGGGCCUGCUGACGCUGAUCGUCAUCGGCGAGGGCGCCAUCGGCGUGACCAAGACCAUCUCGCGCCUGAUGGGCAAGUCCGGGCUCGAGCCGGAGGCGUCGGGCCUGAUCCUGUGCAUCGUCCUGAUCCUGGUGGGCACGUGGAUGAUCUACUUCGACAACCACCCGCACGGCCACUUCGGCACCAUCCGCCAGCAGAUCUGGUCAGCCCUGCACUUCCCCAUCCACCUGGCCAUCGUGGGGCUAGUCGAGGGCGCCCAGCAGGUCGCCCUGGCGCGGUAUGUGGCCCACAACGGGCUGAAGCUGGAGGAGAAGUUUGUGCAGUACUGUUUCAGGGACCACCUCGACGGCGAGGCCCUGGCGGACAAGCUGCGCGCCGCGGUCGAGUCGCUCCACCUCGACAAGAAGCUGGCCAGCCUCAUCUUUGUCGACGGCAUCGAGCGGGAUAUCUACGCAAUCGGCAACUCGACGGGCAUUUGUACUAGUAGUAACAGCGUGGCAAACGGCACCAGCGGCGCCGACUUCCCGGACGCCCUCCUGGUCCUGUACGGCAAAGUCGUGGCGGCCAUGUACAGCGCGCUUGGGCUGAGCAUCCCGCUGGACGAGGGCGUGCUCGGCGUGAUGUUCGAGUCGUGGAAGCUGGUGUACCGCUACUUCUGGGCUGCCUUCCUGGUCCUGAUGGCCUGCUUCCUCGUCGUCACGCUGCUGAUCCGCACCACCAAGGUCGACGCCUUCGACUACACGGCCUGCUUCGCCCGCGCCGCCGUCAUCGUCGCGGCCGCCUCGAUCCUGGCCCUGUCGGCCAGCAAGGACGUCAUGUACGCCAUCAUCGGCACGCCCGUCAUCCUGCCCCUCGCCGUCGGGCUCAUGUACCUGAUCAUCGUCCUCGACCGGGUCGGCGCUUGGAUUGCGAACAGGAGGAACAGGCGGUCUGGCGAUCCGCUGAUUGGCGCGGGCCACGGAGAUGGGCACGAUCAUCACGGAGGGAACCACAAUGCUAGAGAGCACCCGGACGGCGUUGAUGGCGGGCAAGACGCCGCGGGGGAUAAGCAGAGCCUCAUUGUCGCGGAGCGGGCGGUGACGCCGCCGGACGGCGACCGUCGCAUUUCGUACAACCCGCUUGGUACGGCCGUGAUGCCGUCGUACUACUACUAUGCGACCGAGCCGCCGGCGUACACAUCACCGGAGCCCACUCCGCCGCCAACGGUGACGUACGCUACCGGCGGCUAUGUGCCCGUGUACGAUCCGCACUAUUCCGGCGAGGGGUGGGAGAGGGGCCGUUGAGAAAAGGCAGGCAGUGUCGAUUUGGAUGAUUUGAUGUAUUGGUUACAAAAGAGCAUUGGUGUUAGGGUGAUCCACGAAUAGCAUGUACAGCGACUGAACAGAGUUUCGUGAACUUCUGAAUUCGAACAGAGUGAUAAGA